AUGGGUCCAGGGAAUGCUACAAAGAAAAAACUGAUCUCCAAUCGAAUCACUGUUUCUGUGACGAAUGACCAACUGAUGCAGCAGUUGCAGUGUACGUGGGAACUAGACAAUAAAGGCUUAGAAGUUAAAGAAGAUUCUGUUGAAGACAGAAAAGCAAGAGAUAUCUUAGCUACAACGACAACUUUGCUAGAUACCAAACACUACGAAUUAGGACUUCUUUGGAAGUAUGAUAGUCAUCCCUUACCAUGUAACAAGCCCAUGGCAGAGAGUAGGUUGGCGAGUUUGAAACGUAAACUAGACCGAGAUGAUGACUUGAAGAGUAAAUAUGUCGAGACUGUAGAAACGUACAUAUCGAAGGGACAUGCCGAACCAGUCGUAGGCCAGAAAGGUGUAGAAGGUAAUGUGUGGUAUCUACCCCAUCAUCCAGUGAACCACCCACGUAAAAACAAAGUAAGAGUGGUGUUCGAUUGUGCCGCCAAAUGGAGAGGUGUUUCGUUGAACGACAACUUGUUGAAAGGGCCAGAAGUAAUCAGCAACUUGGUAGGCGUACUCUUAAGAUUUCGGCAAGAGCGCAUUGCUUUGGUAGCUGACAUAGAGUCUAUGUUUCACCAAGUUCAUGUUAAACCAAGUGAUAGGGACGUACUACGUUUUCUAUGGUGGAAAGAUGGCGAUACUUCAAAGUCACCAAGUGAAUACCGAAUGACGGUUCAUCUUUUUGGAGCUACAUCCUCCCCGUGCUGUGCAGGGUAUGCUUUGAGGCGAACUGCUGACGACAGUGAAAGCAAGCAAGUAGAUGCUAUUGGCAGAAGAGCUGUUGAUGUGAUCCGAAAUGGAUUUUAUGUGGAUGACUGCUUAACGUCCAUCAGAGAUACUAGUGAAGCUAUAGAGUUAGCACAUAAGUUGCGGAAUAUAUUGCAAAGUGGUGUAUUUCGUCUGACGAAAUGGUUGAGUAGUGACCGUCAAGUUCUCGACACAAUUCCAGAGACAGAAAGAGCACCAUCUGUUCCUCUAAGUUUGGACCAGUUGCCGACUGAAAGGACGUUGGGAAUUUGCUGGGAUUCUGAGAAUGAUAGCUUCAAGUUUGAAGUCGAAACCAAGGACAAGCCGCCUACUAGAAGGGGAAUAUUGUCGGUGACCAGCUCAAUCUACGACCCGCUUGGAUUUGCAGCGCCAUUUGUUUUAUUUGCUAAGUCACUGUUGCAAACUGUAUGUAGAAGAGGUUCUGAGUGGGAUGAAGAACUCAAAGCACAAGAAACUGAGGUAUGGAAUCAAUGGACCUCCAGUAUCAAAAACCUACAAGACAUCAAAGUUCCACGCUGGCUGAAAUUAGAAAGUGCUGUCAGCAUCCAAUUGCACGUGUUCUGCGACGCUUCUGAAAAGGGAUAUGCUGCAGUCGCAUACUUCAGAACAAUUUCAGAUAAUAACAGUAUUGAUGUCAGCUUCGUAAUGGGAAAGGCCAAGGUAACACCUUUAAAGAAAAUAUCUAUCCCAAGGCUAGAAUUAUUAGCUGCAGUCUUAGCGGUGAAGUUAGAUGGCAUCGUAAGACGAGAGAUUGCUCCUCGAUUCAAGUUAACUGAGACUACUUUCUGGAGCGAUUCUAUGAUUGUGUUAGGCUAUAUUAACAAUGAGAGUAAGAGGUUUAAGACCUUUGUAGCGAAUCGUGUGACAAGAAUUAGAGAAUCAUCGCAACCACACCAAUGGAGACAUGUACGGAGUGAAAAUAAUCCGUCGGAUGAGGGCUCCAGAGGUACUCUUAAGAUAACCAAAUGGGUUACAGGCCCUGACUUCUUGUCUAGCGAUGACGAUAACUGGCCGCAGACCUACAUCACAGAUACGAAUAUAGCUGAUGAUCCUGAGGUCAAACUCACAGUCUUCGCUCAUACAACCAAUGAGAGAACUGAAAAUGCUGUAUUGCAAAAUUUGUCAUCAAAGUUUUCAUCGUGGAUGAUGCUACUUCGUGUGUACGCAUGGGUGUUGCGUUUCGUCGAGAGAAUCAGUAACAAGACGAGACCUGUUCAAGAUUGCAGCCUUUCUGUAGACGAGAUUAAGAACAGCGAAACUAAGAUACUUUCUUGGUUACAAAAAACUGAGCUCAGUCACUGGAAAACUGACAAACGCCUGGCAAAAUUGAAUCCUGUUUUGAUGGCUGACCUUUUAAGAGUAGGAGGCAGGAUAAAUCAAGCUAGGGUAAGCGAGAAUAUGAAACAUCCUGUGAUACUGCCAGCAAACACUGACAUCACUCGACUUAUAAUCAGGCAUCAUCAUGAAGCUAUGGGCCAUGGAGGUUGGGCUUCGACUCUUAAUUCGAUUAGAGAAUGUUUCUGGCUAAUGAAAGGGCGAACGGCAGUCAAAUGUGCGCUGAGAAACUGCGUAGUUUGCAAGAAGUAUCACGCUAAGCCAGUUAAACAGAUGAUGGCGAACCUACCUGCCGAGCGUAUUGCCGACAACAAGCCACCCUUUACGUUCGUUGGUGUGGACUACUUUGGGCCUAUCGAUGUGAAGCAAGGAAGAAGUAGG